AGAAGUAGACAGAGUAGUGUGCGCUAGUUUGAGCCGUUCUCUUUCGGAACUGUUGUUGACAUUCAGUAAUGAAGGGAACUUGUCAAUGACUCCAAGGGUAAACAUUUUGGAGUGAUUAUUACAAGCGCAUUACCAACACUUGUAGGUCGUUAAAGACUGUCCACCCGGUAUGUUCGACCUAACGAAGGAAUGGAAUCUGUCGUUCGCCGGCUGCGGGUUCCUGGGGAUUUAUCACAUCGGAGUGGCCAGCUGCCUGUUAGAACAAGCGCCCUACCUUAUCAAAGGUGCCACCAAGAUUUACGGGGCUUCGGCCGGUGCCCUAACCGCCUCGGUGCUCGCCAGUCAGGCAUCCAUAGCUAAGUGCUGUGAGGAUGUGAUCGAGACUGCCAAGGAGGCCCGGAAACAUAACCUGGGUCCCCUCCACCCCUCCUUCAACCUGGUCAAGGUCAUCAGGUCGGGCCUGGAGCGCGACCUGCCCGCCGAAGCACACACACUCGCCUCCGGGAGGCUGUGUGUGUCACUCACUCGCGUGUCUGAUGGACAAAAUGUCAUCGUGUCCGAGUUCAAGUCCAAGGAGGAGCUCAUCCAGGCGCUGCUGUGUAGCUGUUUCAUCCCCAUAUACUGUGGCCUGAUCCCCCCAUCCUUCCAAGGAGUGCGUUAUGUGGAUGGGGGGAUCAGUGACAACCUUCCUCAGUCGGAGCUGAAGAACACCAUCACCAUCUCUCCGUUCUCAGGCGAAAGCGACAUCUGUCCCCGGGACACCUCCUUCAACAUCCACGAGCUUCGUUUCACCAACACCUCCAUCCAGAUUAACCUGGGCAAUAUGUACCGCCUCAGCAAAGCCCUGUUCCCCCCAGAACCCAAGGUCAUGGCAGAGAUAUGUCAGAGUGGCUACAAGGACGCCCUUCGCUUUCUUGAGGAGAACCAUUUGCUGAAGCUGGAGUGUCCGACUGCCGGCCCCAACCCAUCAGAAGCCAUACACACCUGCUGCUGCAAGCCCAUCGCCAUGGAAACCACUAAGGACUGGAUGCUCCGGCGGCUCCGCCUCCUGAGGAAGCGGCACUGGUGGCUGGACGAGCAGAUUGUUGACAACCUGCCUACCCAAAUCAAAAAAGUGUUCUGUGAGGCGUGCCAGCAGAAGCCUGGUCUGUAUGCUCAGGUGUCUGAGAUGCUGCCGGUCAGAGUGGCCUCCUACAUGCUCCUGCCCUGCACACUACCCGUGGUAUCAGCCUACUCAGUGGGCAAGAGGAUUGUGGAGUGGAUCCCAGAGGUGCCUGCAGACAUGCGUUGGCUAGCUGGGGUGGCUGGGGAUGUUGCUGGGAGCUUGUACAGACAGGCAUGGAGAGGAGCGCCAGUAGACAUAACCAGUGACGGCUCCCUGAGGAAUUGCAUGAGCCUGCCCCCACCCCUAGAUAGUGACAGACACAGGGAGAGAAACGGUCACCUCGCCGGGUUCGCUCUCUCUGCUCUUGACCUCCAAAGUCAAUACUGGAACAUCCCCACCAUCUCCUCUCCCCGCCGCCCCACCAGCCCCCUCAUGCCCAGCCCCUCCCCACGACAGAUCUGCUUCUUUGUUGGCUCGCAGGACGAGACUGACUGACAGUCCCAUCCACCAAUGAGAGGACACUGUGACUAUAAAAAAAUAUAUGAUAGGACAGUCCAGCAACUGUGAAGGGUGGUUUGGGAUGGACAAAAUAUGGUAAUGUGAUCGAAUAGCUUUGGAAUCCAGAACUGUUGCUAUAGACACACUAAUGACUCAAUCAUGUCUUUUGAUCACUCCACCAUCCAUAUUUCAUUCUAUUGUACCACAUUGGAAAAUCAUUUACCAGUUCACCACCAAACACCUCUGUAAGUUAAUUCUUUUUUUUGGAAUUACACAUUUUAUAACUAACAAUGUCUAGUUUUUCCAGAUAACUUGUUGUCACUACAACUCUACCUACCUACCUACCUAUAAUUCAAGUUUAAGUAAUAGACACAUCUGUUCAGAGGAGACUGCAUGAGUCAGGCCUUAAUGGUCGAAUUGCGGAAAAGAAACCACUACUAAAGGACACCAAUAAGAAGAAACUUGCUUGGGCCAAGAAACACGAGCAAUGGACAUUAGACCGGUGUAAAUCUGUCCUUCGAUCAGAUGAGUCCAAAUUUGAGAUUUUUGGUUCCAAUCGCUGUGUCUUUGUGAGACGCGGAGUAGCUGAACAGAUGAUCUCUGCAUGUGUGGUUCCCACCAUGAAGCAUGGAGGAGGAGGUGUGAUUGUGCUUUGCCGGUGACACUGUCAGUGUUUUAUAUAGAAUUCAAGACACACUUAACCAGCAUUGCUACCACAGCAUUUUGCAGCGAUACGCCGUCCCAUCUGGUUUGCUCUUUGUGGGACUAUCAUUUGUUUUUCAUCAGGACAAUGACCCAAAACACACCUCCAGGCUGUGUAAGGGCUAUUUGACCAGUAAGGAGAGUGAUGGAGUGCUGCAUCAGAUGAACUGGCCUCCACAAUCACACGACCUCAACUCAAAUGAGAUAGUUUUGGAUGAGAUGGACUGCAGAUUGAAGGAAAAGCAGCCAAGUGCUCAGCAUAUGUGGGACCUCCUUCAAGACUGUUGGAAAAUCAUUCCAGGUGACUACCUCAUGAGGCUGGUUGAGAGAAUGCCAAGAGUUUGAAAAGCUGUCAUCAAGGCAAAGUUUGGCUACUUUGAAGAAUCUAAAAUAUUUAAUAUAUUUUGAUUUGUUUAACACUUUUUUGCUUACUACAUGAUUCCAUGUGUUAUUUCAUAGUUUUGAUGUCUUCACUAUGAUUCUACAAUGUAGAAAAUAGUAGAAAUAAAGAAAAAA